GGAUCAUCUCUGAUAGUGAAGGAGGUCACAUGAUCACACCUGAGGCAGGAAGUAGCCGCCCCCUCUCAGGUGUGAUCAUGUGACCUUAAUUAGAGGAUUCCUGCCUUUGUUCUGCAGCCAUGAUGGGAGAGUCCUGGGACGGUUUCAAGGACUCAAGCUGGUCCUGGAGCCUCAGAGGAUGAAGAUGACUCCAUGUUGCCUCUGGCGUCACCUGCAGGACAAACUGUACAGGUGUAGCUCUGCUGCAGUGUCCUCAGGUGUGACAGGAAGUCUAUGGACGCAUGAAACAGAAGGGCAGUCAGAGAACAGCAGAGAGCUGUUGCUCGCCCUUCAGAACGUUCUGGAGAAACUUCAGAACAGGAAGUUGUCGACGUUGGACAGGAGACGGAGCCGCCUGCCGACCUGUGACGUCACGGCGUCCUGCUCGGUGAAGAGAGGUCGUCACUUCGGUCAGCUGUGUGACUGUCAGCCGGGCUCCAGGUGUCACUUCUUCUUCCUCAGGUGUUUGUGACCUUCAUCAUCCUCCUCAUCCUCCCUCUGUCUUUACGCCUCCAUGAUUGAUCCUACAUCUCCCAGAAUGCACCUGGAGUGUCUUUCAUUAGAGCCUCACACCUCCAAUUUGUAACACAGAUGCUAGACCUGUGCAGUCUGUGAGCAUGUGACAUCACAGUGACGUCACUGUGAUGUCAUCAGAUGUAAACUUUGAGCCUUUUUAUGACUGUUGUGAGUGUAAACCCUGCGUUCUGUCUGCAGGUUCAUCUUCUGUUUUCUAAUAAAAUCACUUGAAUUUAAA